AUGAAUCGAGGUAAAUCGUUUAUCACUAUUAUUGCCCGUAUCUAUGCCGCGGCCAACAGCGGUAAUACUAAAUACUUUAACCAUUUUUCCGAUAAGACCAACUGGGACCGGGCCGACUGGACUGCCUUUUGUUUACUUACUUUGGUUAACGUCAAUACGCGCAACGUGAACAGGAUCUUCUACAAGAAAGCCUGGACACAGGAGCAUAAAGAGAAGACUUCCGACCUCAGCGAGCCCUAUUGGCAGUUCCAUUUGAUCGAACUGUGUCUGCGUUUUAUCAAGAAGAAACUAGCAGAGGAGCUAGCGCCAGAUACCUCGGAUACUGAUAAUACAAAGCUCCCCCAUAAGGAUAACAUGCAGGACGAGGCGGAUGAGACCUCCAUAAUACCAUUUAAGGUCUUUAUAGCUACCGCGGGGUUUUACUCCAUAUAUUAUCUUACCGGGCAAGAGAUCAAUACGUUAACAUUAGCACACUAUACUGCUGAUACCAUUCAGAAGGCCUAUAAAGAUACGCCUGACGGUCGGGUGACCCUGUCUCAAAUUACCGCGGCAUCCAUCGAAAUCGCUCGCGAGCAGCAGACUUGGCUCAACAACCUCGAACUCUAG